AUGAGCUCCGGGCGAAACGUAGUCCACCAAGAUUACAUUGCGAGGAUCCGAUAUCUGAACACGCUUCCUCCGCCGCCAUGCCCUCCCAAGCUGCUCGAUAUUCCAAACACGGGUCUUUCAAGCGGACAAUACACUUCGGCCGGCUAUGCGUCGAGACUUGCGCGCGAGCAGCCGUUGAACAUUGAGGCGGACGCUGAGCUGGGAAUGCCAAUCGACCUGGUUGGUAUCCCCAAGGUCUUUGAUGGAGAUGAAUCAGCUAUUCAGGCGAUGCCUCACCCGCCGCCGCUGAGUGCCGCCGACAAAGCGCUCAUGCGAGCACCGAAUAUGCUAGGCAAGGGCAGCAACGUCACAGCAACAGGCACCUCUUUCCUGCGGAGAACAGAAUACAGCACAUCGCAUACGACGGGUGGCAUGAAGUUCGAGUCUAGUAGCUCGUCUAACACAAUGCGCAUUCGCAAGAAGCGGAGAGGCGGCGAUACUUCAAUUGACGACCCCAUCAACAUCGCGCGACACAUCGUCAAGGGCUUCAACAUCGCCUACCCAGCAGACGCCUACAAUGGACAGGACAGCGCAGAGAACUUGCGCGGCGCGGACACCACACCAGAAGAGCGCGCAGCUUGGAAAGCACCAAAGAACCCGAAGAACCCGAGCCUCAAACUCUUGGACUCGUAUCCAUUGCUGCCAGACUGGGACGCCACGCCCGACACCGGCGCAUACAUGGUCUUCAAGUACAUGGCACCGCCGAUUAACAACCCACUCGAUCCAUCAUACGACCCGCGUCUCGAUGUCGCUCUGCUGCGGCCGGCCGGGCAGACAAUCAAAGACCAAGAAACCUAUCUCGCCGAGCGCGAAGCCCACAGAUCCGACCCAACAGCCUCCAUGCCCAUCCCGCGCUACCAAUUCGAGUUCUUCCUGCCCCCCUCCAAGUCCAAGAUCGCCGGCAUAAAACGCAACUUCACCACCAACGACCCUAACAACGAAGCCUUUGUUGACUUUGACACAGCCGAGCCCGACGAAGACGGCAAUAUCCGCAAGAGCUUCAAGUUCGAGAACAUCCGCACAUACGAGACAAGCCAGCAGGUCGGCGACACGGUCGAUCACUACGGCGACGUGGUUGCGCUGGCCCUGCAUGACCCCGAGAAACAUCAGGACAUGCGGUUCCGCACGGGUAAGAUGCAGAAGGCGGCGUACUUUUACCCGAUUAUUCAGAAGACGAGCAUUAGGCCGCGACGCCCGGGGAGGGUGGAUAUGGUGGAGGAGGGCCAGCGUGUGGAUGUUAUUGAGGCGGCGGGUAAGGAGCCGGAUGGUGAGGCGGAGAGAAGGGAUGCGUUUAGGAAGCGGGCGGAGGGGGUUGAGGUGUAG